AUCUACGAUAGGCCCUGAAUGGGAAGCUCGGGAUAGUUUUUGGAGUUGUUGAAAUCGAUCAUACAGGAAUGACUUUGUUCACCUUUAUUUUAGUAUCAGUUUUGCAACUAUAAAACAGACGAAUAAUCAUUUUAUCUAUUUACAAAAGCUCAAUAUUUUAAAUAUAAUACGGACUGUUUUAUCUAGUUUGACUUGCGGGUUUUUAAGUCACCAGUUUGCAGUUGCCCGAAUGAAUUCCAAACGGACGAAUCGUUCUUACAUUGCCCAACAAACACAGCGGUUCCCGUCGGGGCUGCUGGAGUCGGACACUGGAAGGUGAGCUUCCAGUCAGCCAACCAGCCAGGCUCAACUCUUCAUUGCCAUGGAUGCCUGUGCCCGUAUCAGAGGAGUACCUGUAAGGUCCAGGGCGUCAGUCCGGAAGGAGACUGUGCGUGACGGUGGGGCACAGUCUGCCAAAAGCCUCUUUAGGAAUAAAAAGGAACUAUGCAGUGUUUGCCUGGAGCUGCCAACCAGAGACAGCACAAGACUGACGGAGGUUCAUUUUGUGUGCCUGCCAGGACAGUGUGAAGGAGAUGAUAUCACUCAGCAGGCUCUGUCCUCUCUGCCCGGGGGGCUGUGCGAGCUUCUCCGGUCUCUCCAUGUUCACAGCCUGAAGAAUGAUGAAGUUCUGAUGCUCAAAGACUCCCGUAGGCUGGCAGAGCACAGGGACACUGGACCUCAGUGUUUGCUAAGGGCUGUGUGUGUGUUCAGGCAUAAUCCCAGCACGAGUGUUUAUCAUCAGGGCACUGUAGCGUCUCUGGUGGGCUUGUUGGGAUGCUACACGGCUGGGGUUCGCUACGUCCUGGAGCUUCAGGCUCUUCAGAGGGGCAUUGAGACCAACCAACCAGAGGAAGAUGACACCAACCAGUCGGUGUCAUCAAUCGAGGAUGACUUUGUCACAGCCCUGGAGCAUCUGGAGGAGGAAGAAACUUCGGACAAUCCCUCUGCAGCUCCCUAUUGCCCCUUUAAAAAGCGUGACGUGGCAUCACAGACUGUCCCAGCCCACAAGAGAAAAAAGGAGUUGUCAGGCUCCCGUGUUAUCACACGUUCAUCUUCCAAGAAAUGUUCAGCCAAACAGAAGUCAGGCCCAGAUGUGUCUGUCACAGUUCAGAGGUCAUCAUCAGAGGUGGAAUCCCAGUGGACAUACUGCAGUCCUGGAGCACGUCUGCCCUCCCCAUCGACUCGCGUCAGCGAAUCCGAAGAAUCGGACUGUUCCAGUCCCAGCCCAAUCAUUUUCCUGGAUGAAGUGGGCUAUCAGAAGAGCCUGCUGGCCAAGCUAGACAUCCCCCAGGUGCCAGGGGGGCCCAAAGAGCGAGUUGAAGACUCAGACUCUGAAGUGAGUGAAUUCUUUGAUAGUUUUGACCAGUUUGACGACCUGGAGGAGCUGAGCUCAGAGAGCUGCACUCUUACUCUUCCUGUGGACCCCACCAAUACUACGUCUGCUGAGGCAAAUUCAAGUGGAUCAUCCCCUAAAUAUGUUUCCAGGGGCUGCUCAACCAAGGGUAUGAAUCCACACCGCUUUGACCAGCCCACUCUCCCAGCUAAUGUGAAGAAACCUACUCCUCUGAAACCAGGCUCUCCCUUCUCGAUACACUCUGAGGUGCCAGACUCCCCUCGGCCAGUGCAGACACCUUCUGAGGAGAACGGCGGACCUCUCUUCAGUCCUGUCAGCUCCUCUGCCUUUAGUCCUCUUGGGGACCCUAGUGGACCACUGGAAUACUUCUGGAAGACAGAAGAGGAUGGGCAGGACAGCUCGGAGCUACGUAAACCUCAGAACCUCUGCUCCCUGUAUAAGACCUACUCAGACUUUGCAAGCAGUCUGUCCAAAGAAAUUCUGGGAUCUGUAUGUGGUUACCAGUCUGCCGUUGACAUCAGUGACAAUAAGAACCUUAGCUGUGUUUGCCACAAGGAGUUUAAAAACUCUUCGGGCUAUCUGAUGAAGCUUUCAGACAUCCAGGAGACAGUAACUGUGGCCAAGCUGCAGAGGAAGUCCCAGUCUCUAAAGGAUGGCAUUCAGAGGUUUGCCUCUGACCUGGUGGAGAUGAGUCUGGGCAGCGCCCUGCGAGACCUCCAAAAAGGCGUCUCCUCCUGCACCACCACCUUAUGUCACCUGGCUGCCAGAAUUACCUCCUCAGUUUUUCAGAUGGCCUUCCAUGAGAUCGGCAUGCGACGUGCCUAUGUGCUGAAAGAACGAGCCAUCAACGGAUUGGCCGGCUUCCUGGUCGGUGAGGCCAUUUCUGGGGCACUGAAGGAGUUCCUGACAGUGAAAAAGCAGAUAUUCCACAGCACAGUGACACGGUUUGCUGCCGAUCUGGCUGAGGAGCUGGUAUUUGAAGGCAUCAUGGAAGUAUGCCAGUUCUCUCAUCCCUCGACCCCUCUCACACCUAGCGAUUGGUCCUUUGGCCACAGGCUAGAAGAGGAGGAAGAAGAGGAGGUGGUCACUUCUUAUGCUUCAGACUUAUCUGAAUCAGUUAUCCAGGAAGCUUUCAUUCAACUGUCUCAAGCUGAUGUCACCUUCAGUAGUCAAGCAGCUAUCAGUGUGUCCCUGGACAACAUCUGCUAUGUCAGCGCAGACAAUACUAGCACUAGCACCUGCAGCACCUUCGCUAACCAACAGGUUUUAAGUGCAGCAACCCCGGGCCCAUUACGAGAGGAUGCUACGUGUACGGUGAAGAAUGCUUUGUUCACUGUAUCAGGAAUGGCCAGCUGUAUUCCUGUGCCCCAAGCAGGCCAAGCCCUCUCCCACUUUCAGGAUCCAGAGGACGCAUGUCAGCAGAACUCCAGGUUGUCAGAUAGCCCUAAAAGAGUAUCAUGCUCUGAUACUGCCACCUCUUCACACUCUCACUCCGGCAGUCAUGGCACUAAUGCCGUCAUAACUGGAGGGGAACCAUCCCAACAAAAGUCUCCAUUUCAAAACUUUUCUGGCAACAUGGUGGAUAUGAUUGUAACUGAGGCUUGUGAGCUUAUAACUGCUUCAAAGAUGAAGAAGAGUUUUGGUGACUGUGCUGAUUUCCUUACAAAGACAAUCGGAAGCCGAAGGGAUUCCACUUCAAAGCAGGACACUCUAGAUUCUCCUUUAAAGCUGGGAGCUGGCAGGGAGGAUUUCAGAUACGAGGGGUGCGUUGGGCAGGGCGUCCCUUUUGAGCAGGCAGCUCCGGUUUCAUUCCAGAUGGGAUCUUUAAAGCAGGGGAGAGUCCACUAUGAGAUGGAUCCCAUGGGUAGAGGUGUGGUUGAACCCCAUCCUGUAAUGAUGGAUACUCUUGAUGUGCCAGGAACAGCUGUGGGUGGACGAAACAGGACAUCUGUUCCGUUGGAUGACCAGAAAUCUGGUGGGACUCCUGGUACUCCUCCCUCCACCCCUCAGCAGCCCACUGAGGUCUCCAAAGAGAAACAAAUAAAACAGUUCUCUAAGAAGUUAAAGAGCAAACUGGCCAAGGAGUUUUCCCCUGCAACGCCACCUCCAACACCUCACUACCAGCCUGAGCCCGGCCCUGGGCCAAAAGACAACAUUCCCGAGGUGGAAAAGGCAGAGUUUGUGCUCAAACUGAUGAGGUCUCUCUCCGAGGAGGCGGAAGGCACUGAGGAUGUAGAGGAGGAAGAGCCAGCGGAAGAAGUCAAUAACACCCCCAACAGAUGUUUAGAGGCCGAGGGUGGCUGUCAUGAUCUGAACCAGACUUCCUCUCGCAGGAUGUCCAACAAGGAAGCACUUCAUUACGCUGAGAGGUUGGCGUGUCACAUAGUCUCCAUGGCAACAGAGAUGGAUACCUUGGGAGUAGCAGUGGAAAAGGGGGAGAUGAGCAAGGGCAGUGAGAGGAGAAGAGACAGUGUGGCUCAGUUCUCGGAGCAGACUCUGAACACGUUGUGGGUGUAUGCUGGUGAGGUGGCGGGAGAGGUCAUAAAUGACGUGAAGAAGAUGGUGAGCUCUGGACAGCAGUGUCCGUACCACAGAGCUCUCAGGAGGAGGAGGAGCUUCAAUGGAUCUGGCUCUGAAUGUCUGCAUCACCACAAUCGACACCAGUCUCAUCCCAGUACUGAGCAGAACAGAGACUGGAGGUUAGGGAGGCUGGCUGAUCUGUGGUCUGACGACCUGAUAGCCUCGGUUUCCAGGUCUUCCACCUCCAAUUCAAGCUCCAGCUCCGGUCUGUCCUCUGAGUAUCCAAGCUGUGAGAGCGUGACGGAUGAAUAUGCCGGCUACCUCAUUAGGGUGCUGAGAAAGGAAGGUGGCAGCAGGGAGUUGGUCCUAGACCAGUAUGCAAGCCGUUUAGCUUACCGCUCCAUAAAACUAGGCUUGGCUCACGCCAGUCGUAAGAUAAAACAAAGAUCUUCUAGUGCCUGCCUUCACUCCUCCAAGUCUCUGCCAGAUGAAUGGAAAGCGUCAGGUGGGACCUCAUCGCUCAAACACAGAGCAGAGUCAGCGGGGGUUCAGCCAGGUGAGGAUGCUCAUUGUUGCUGCAGAGACUCUGAAGCACAGAGCAAGAGAGAGUACAUGGAUUUGGUCAACUUUGCAGAGUCAUUAGCUUACAACAUCACCUGUGAUGUCACACAAAAGCUCCGUCUCUCAUCUGUACGGCUUCCCAAAUCACUCACUGACUCCUGUCUUUAUAAGAAAUCCAAACUUGAAGACAUGGCAGAUAAUCUCAUCAGGAAUUCCUUCUCCUGCCCUUUGUUGUCCAAGGAAGGUAAGAGCAGACACUACCACAGCACAGGAAGCCUGUAUGAUGGAGGCUACAGCAGCAGGGUCAUGCAGGUCAUCGAGCAUUAUGCCAGGAAGAUUGUGGACGACACGCUGAAGAUGAGCCUGGCUUCGGUUGGAAAUUCAUCCUGGGAGCACCUGCGGACACAAGGCCAAGACAGACACUCGCAUACCCAGAGGCUGUCUGAUGGGCCAGCAGGGGUCCAAGUUUUAGGAGAGAGGACCUGCCGUUACUGCCAGGUCCAGGAGUGUCCAUACUGCACCAAACGUAGCCAGCAUCAUUACCAGCCUGUAUUACAGAGGAGGAAAAGGGGGAUGGAGGGUCAGGCUGGAGUCGAGCAACUCCCUGGUGUGGAGAUUCCCAAGAUCCACAUCGACCUGGACCACAGGGCAGUUUUUGCAGAUGAGAUGGUUUCCAUGGCAAUGGAGACGGCUAAACGCGAGCUUAGUAACACCAGCCUAAACGCUGACAGUGGCAUCGGCCAUGAUGGCACCAGCUAUGCUGAGAGCCUGACUGCAGAGAUCAUGACGUCAGCUCUGUCCAACAUCUGUCAGACUGCCAGUAUCAGUGCACCAGGUAGGGUAGCCACAGAGUCCACUGUAUCCCAGCAGCUGAGUGUUGGAGAUGACAGUCUGGGCAGCUGGUCUAAUCUGAGCUUUGAAGAUGAUCACCCAGAUGACAGCAGCAGCUUCCUCCAUCUCAGUGACAGCAGCAAUGGGAACAGCAGUAGCUGGAGCAGUCUGGGCCUGGAGGGGGAGGUGUGUGAGGAGCGCAUGUCGUUCUCCCCCUCUGACAGUGACAAUACAGAGGACAAGGAAGCCGAAGUGAAGGAGGAGUCCAGUGGGACACUCUGCAUGGACAGGACUCAGGUGCAGGCUCCCAGGACCCUUCUGCUCAUUGUGAAUUUGGUCGUCAGAGAGUUUGGUCGCGGCCCUCAACACGUGACCCUCGACCCCCAGCUCAGCAGCAUGUUGCAGUGGGUGGCAGCCUCCAUGGCCGACAUCCCUCAGAUCCAGCUGAGUCCUGACAGAGAGCUGCAGCAGCUGCCAGCGGUGGUGCAGAGGCUCCGAGACAAGAGGUGGAGGGUGGGAGAUCUGCUUCAUACGCUGCUGCGCUACUGUGAAGAGAACCAGACCCACAGUCACCCCCAGGCCAGGGAGGAGGCGUUGCAGGCGGGCAGAGAACCUCACCGCAUCCCCCUCUUCCAGUGGCUGCUGGAUCACGCUUAGGGCUUCUUUCUUCUUCUUCCCUCCUCAGUUUCAGGCCGACCUUUGCAAACUCCACAGCCUCCAGAGGGCGUCACACAGAUCAGCUUCUCCAUCGUACUGCCAUGGAUGUGGGCGUUCUGCAUUGCAUGCUGUGGCCAAGAAAUGCUUCUGUUGUGUUUUAAAACUUUUUUACUACCUUUUGUUUUGUUGUAGCAGAUUUAUGAAUUAUCUGGCUGCUUAUAUCACAUAAAAAUUUAGCUCGGCAUUUCCUGCACCCACCUCCAGCUGUUAGGAGACAGAGAGAGACCCAACCCAUGUGUUUCCAGACAGACAAAUGAAGUGAGAGGAAGAGAAUGUGUUUUUUUUUUUUUUAAAUCAGGGAAUCCCCACAGCUGCUGGCUGGAUGAUGUCAUCACAUCCACAGCUCACCUCUGUGGUGGUGUUUCCACAUGUUAAGAGACCAUGUUUGCACAUACACAUCACACCACACCCUCGUACUAUCACAACUAAUUUAAGAAAACACAGUUCUCUUGCUUGUGUCAAACCAGCAAUGAUAAGUUUACUUCAGUAAAAAUUUUCAUAUUGUAUGGAUUUGCUGCCGUACAUAUAGAAAGAGAAGAUGCUGUUCCAGAUAGAAAAACUCAUGUCUGCACUACGCUGUCAUUAAUGAGCCAUAAUUCUGGCUGCAGAAUGAUAAAAAAAGCACCUGAUGAAGUUGCCUCUUGAAAGUUUUACUGUUUUAUCUGCUUCCUUAGCAACAAUCUCCUUGGUUGUCAAACUUAGUAAGAUAUUUAGAGUGGAGGAUGUUUACCGCGGUGGGGAUAUAUGGAGAAGAAGAAGUAUAUUUUUUUUAAGGUAGAUUUAAUCAAACGUGAAAUGCUGCUUGUUGUCGUAUUGGUUUAAAGUUGCCAAAUGUAACUCCGGUGUGAUUUUCUGCUCUGUUUGGAGGAGGUAACAUACAUUUCGGGGAAGAUUCGGUGACGCAGACAGCGGACGAUAAUUAAAGACACCGGUGUUGUCAGCACCUUCAGAAAGAAAACCACAAACUCGCAGCAUCUGCAUAGCUUAAGCCAGGACUCACACACUCUUGUCACCCACGCUCCCCAGUCACCUUGUGGAAUCAGGGAGUCUGAACACCACAACUAACAUGCUGAUUACUCACCAACACGCACAGCACUACCAGCAUCACGCUGAGAUGCACUUUUUGUCUGAUAGGGGCCAAAGGGAAGGCCGGAGCGUUUCUGAACUUGGCCUCCUCUGUGAUUUAACUACAAUCCCUCCCCAAAGAACGCAAAUAUGGAUACGUUUGUGUUUAUUUAUGGUCGUGGUUUUUCUUUCUCAGCGGGGGACCGAAAGAUGAUGAGAUGCUGCGAGGUCUCGAGUUAAAACACUGUAAUAUGCCACGGCCUCAUGUAUCAUUGGUGACUUCAUGGUUGUUGGUGUUCGCCUGCAUGGCUCAGUCAGACUUGUUUAUGCGCCGGCUUGCGUUAACGGAGCUGCAGUGAAGAGUCUGAGUGCACACUGCUUCGGUAUGAUUCAGGCCUCUGCAGAUGCCUUGUUUGUUCCUGCUUAAUUACUAGGCUGCCAAAUGGUUAUUUAAUCUUAAAGGUGUUUGUUCAGUAUGAUUUGUUUACACAGACAUUUACAUAUAUAUAUAUAUAAAGAUAUAUUUAAAAAAAUCCUAAGUAAUUCCCAUGUUAUAAUCAGAAAUAGUGUCAGAGAUGAAGAAACAGUGAAGUAUUAAGCUAAAAAGUGUGAGUAUAUUGGUUUAUAUUACAGGAAUGUAUUUAGAGUCAUGGGCACACAAGGUCGCAUCACAAUGUACAAAUUGAAGUUUUCUCCUGGUGUUUUUAGUCAUUCGAGUAAGACUUUCCCAGGCUUUAUCCAGCACCCGCUCCUUCUCGUGUUUCAUUUCUUUCUCUACAUUCCUCUGCAUCCCAGAUGACCUCUAGCACUAUAUUGUUGUUUUGUGAAAGCUGAAUGUGUUACAAAGCUGCCCGGACUCCAUUCAGAGGCAGAUCCACUGUAAAUCUGUUUUGCUAUUGUUGUUCCUUGUGUUGCUUUCUGCUUCUUUCCAACCGCAGGAAGGAAAAUUAAAAAAAGAAAAGUACCUCACCUCCUUUCACGUGUAUCUUCCUGCUUCCAUGUAAAGUCCUGCCAAAUGAAGAUAUUUAUUAAAUUAUGUUAAAUUAUAUAACAGUGGCUUAUUCUCCUUUAGUGGCAUUGCUGAGUAGUUUCCACAUUCUAAGCUUGAGCUCUAACUUUGUUUAUGUUAAAGCUUGAUGUGACAAUAAAGCUUUUUAUGUGC